UGGGGUUUUGGAAACUACACACAUGGGGCAGUACAAAUUCGGACGCGUGAUUGUGUGGUUGGAAAACGAGCGUUCCGAAAUUAUUGAAUUAUGCCGUGUAAAUGAUUAUGAAAUACAUUUUUUCAGAAUAAUUGGAAAACUCGGGAAUAUAGUAGAGCAAGAGAGUGUACAACACGGCAGUUUGAGCAAGAUCUAGUAAACAAAAAAAAAAAGAAAGCAAGAAUAAAAAGUUUGGAAAGUGGAAAAGUGAAUUGAGCAAACUGCAAGAGCAAUUUGUAAAAUAAUUUCAGCACUCUUGAAGAAUUAUAAAAGUAUUAAUAUUUGAAAAUCAGUACAAACGUUUGUGUGCAUAACAGUGGUUGGUUCAUUAUUAGAUUUAUUUGAUUAUCUCGUGAAAAUCGUGAAAAUAUGAAUUCCUGAUCUUUAUUCCGCUUCAGUUUAUUGAAAUCAACAAAUAACUGAAAAAACGAGAUCAGAAAAUUCCGAAACCGAAAGCUAUUUAUACGCACGAUACACACAUACUUACGAGUGCGUGCUUAUGAAACGUAUGUUGUGCUUCCAGAGGCAUCCAGUCGAAUUUAAUUGUGCAAUAAAUUUCGCGUUCUGCAUCCGAGUAUCAUACACACAUAUAUACAUUCAUAAAUCAUCGAUAUUUUAAAAUCUGGGAUAGUAAAUUCAAAAUGUAAGCGAGAGACGCACGGAAAGAAGAUGCACCGCACUUUCUGCUUAGUCAUUUUGCUGCUCAGUUUGGUUGUGAAUGCUUGGGCCAUCCAAUGUUACUCAUGUGAAUCCGUCUACCACUCCAGCUGUGGAGAUGACUUCGACGAGGAAAACUACUUCAAAUUGGAUUGCUCGCAUGUUCCGCCACCGCGUUUUCUAGGCGACGACUUGGAUUUGCGAAACGCAACAGGUUGUAUGAAGCGGUCUUAUAAAGUGGGAGAUCUGCUGAGGAUCGAACGCAAUUGCUUUUUCGGUGACAUGGACGACACGGACAACGGUUGCCAACUGGAUCCUGCUACAGAACAAGCGGAGCCAGUAUCGUGUAAUGUCUGCGACAAUGAAGACUAUUGCAAUCACAGUCACCAACUGAAGGCAUGGCCGCAGUAUUUAGCGAUCAUCUCCUUUGCGUUUACGGCGAAAUUCUUGAAUUGGCUGAGCUAAAAUAUGUAUAAAUGUGUUGUAAAAUAACACAGUAGCUCAACUCUGCUUUCUGCAGUAUCCAGCUCGAGCAGAAAGACAUAAAGUUAGCUGAAUUCAUCUGUUGAUGUUGAGCGAAUUACUAUUUGUUAAUUGUUUUUGUAGCGAGUAGUGAAACAAAACAUUUUAAAUAAAUAAAAAAUUAAGUAAACUUAUAGCAUGAAAA